GCUAUAAAUGAUGAUGCAGGUGAUGUUGAAAGGAAACAAGGAAGGAUUUCUUACUGUGAUCUUGCUCAUCAUAAACAGCAAUGAGUGACCCUCGCUUUCCUGUCGAUGUCCGUCUUAUCGGAGUAAUGAAAAAGGACAAGUACAAAAAAUACAUGGUAUCUGUGAUAUGGUCAGACCAGAGUGAGCUGAUAGUGUACCGAUCCCUCCAAGACUUCAAAACGCUCCAUAGGCAAUUAAAAAAGAAGUUUCCGGUGGAAAACCAAUUUCGGAAAGAGGAUAGAGUGCUACCCAGAUUUGGAGCUCAGUGCAUGAUGGCAUCGUUUCAGUUGAAAGCUCUGGCUAAGUCAGUGUCCCGUCUGAGAAAUCUGGAGAGCUACUGUUCCAACCUGUUGCAGUGUAACACGACUGUUUUGAUGAUUCUGCAUUCAAACAGCAUCCCCAAUGUCAACAGAGGACCCGACUUGGCAAAUAAACGUCUGAGCAAUGGCAAUGUGACCCAGCCUUUUGUGUCCAAGACAUAUCGAUGUGUGGCUCCGUAUGAGACUAAAGAUACAAAGAAACAAGCCCUUUAA